AUGACGGUGGUGUCUGGGUUGUAUGACCUUGUGGUCAAGACAGCUUUAUUGAGGGAGCGAAGGAGAACCAACACUAUUAAUCACUACAAUGCUGCUGGAAGUUGGCCUCUGGAUCAUCUGGAAGAAUUGAAGGAUGGGAGAUUAGCUAAAGUCCUCAUACUGUUCCAAGUCUCAGCAAGAGGCAAAGUAGUUUGGUCCAAAUUCCAGAAGAUUCAAGAAAAGAGGGAUGUACUUUUGGUGGUCCAGUGGACUAUCAGUGCCUUUCUGGCUUGGGAAAGCUGGCCCUGGAUGAAACUUUUCUUUAAGAUCAAGGUUUUUGUGAAGUCUGUGGAAAGUGGAAAAGAGGUGAUCACAUUUAAGGAAGAGUUGGCAAAGCUGAGCCGAGCCUUGAAGAAAGCAAAAUAUCAGGAGGAGGAAUGUGAAGCAGAGAGUUUCUUCCUUAUUCCCAAAAAGAGUGACUUGUUCCUCCAGCUGCAGUCUGAGCAAGACACCCUGGCAGAUGUUGAAAAACAAACAACCCUGAUAAAAUCCAAGAUUCAGCUGGAGGCCAAAGUCAAAGAGCUUUCUGAGCUGGUGAAGGAAGAAGAGAGGCUAAAUUCCAAGCUGAAUGCCAGGAGGAGGGAACUGGAAGAUGAAUGCCCUGGGCUGAAGAAAGAAAUCGAUGACCUGGAAACAACACUGGUGAAGCCAGAUAAAGAAAAGCGCUCUACAAAACAUAAGGUCAAGGACCUGACGGAAAUAGCACUAAAUGAUGAUCUUAAUAAACUUAACAGAGCCAUAAAGGUCACCAAUGAGGCCCACAAAUGUGCUGUAGGUAAGGUGCAAGUCGAAGAAGACAUACUCCACACCCUAAACAAAUCAAAGGCUGAGAAGCUCUGUAGACUGUUUGAAAGUCAACUUAGUGAAACUAAUACUAGACUUGAAGAGAUGACCAAGUUGAUAAAUGAUGUUACUACCCAGAAGUCAAAGCUUGAGAGUGAGAAAGAUGAAUUUACAAGACAGCUGGAAGAGAAAGAGUCUCUGAUAAGCCAACUUUCCAGAGGAACGAAUAACUUUACUCAACAGAUUGAAGAAAUGAGAAGAGUGCUGGAACAAGAAACUGAAUCCAAGAAACUCCUUGCACAUGCCCUGCAAUUAGCAAAACGUGAUUAUGACCUCCUGAAGGGACAAUAUAGAGAAGAACAGGAAGCCAAGACCAAGCUGCUAUGGGCCUUGACCAAGGGACGUGCAGAAGUGGUGCAAUGGAGAACUCACUAUGAAUCACAUACUCUCCAGAGAAAAGAAGACUUUGAGGAAGCCAAGAAGAAGCUGGCAUCCCGCCUGCAGGAGGCUGGAGAGGCCAUCCAGGAAGCCAAUGCCAAAAGCACUUCCUUGGAGAAGACAAAGCAACGUCUCCAGUUGGAGCUGGAAGAUGUUGUGUCCGACCUGGAGAAGGUCCACUCUACGGCGGCCAUCCUGGAUGAGAAGCAGAGGAACUUUGACAAAAUCCUCACGGACUGGAAGCAGAAAUACGAGGAUUCUCACGCCAACCUCAAAGCCUCCCAGAUGGAGGCACGAAACAUUAGUGAGGAGCUGUUUCAGCUCAAGCAAGCUUAUGAAGAGGUGAUAGUGAAUCAGGAGACCCUGAAAAGGGAAAACAAGAACCUCCAUGAAGAAAUUUCUGAUCUGACGGAACAGAUUAUGGAAGGAAACAAGAACCUGCAUGAGUUGGAAAAAGUCAAAAGACUGGCUGAACAGGAAAAAUCAGAGGCCCAGGUAGCCCUGGAAGAAGCUGAGGGAGUCCUGGAACGUGAAGAGAGCAAAAUUCUUCAUUUCCAGUUUGAGGUCUUGGAGGCCAAAGUAGAACUUGAAAGGAAACUUGUAGAAAAAGAAGAAGAAAUUGAAAACUUGAGGAGAGACCAACAGCGUACCAUUGAUUCUCUGCAGUCCACUUUGCAUUCCGAAGCCAAGAGUCAUGCUGAGGCCACUCGGCUAAAGAAGAAGAUGGAAGGGGACCUCAAUGAGAUGGAGUUACAGCUCAGCCAUGCUAACCGACAGACAUCUGAGGCUUCCAAAUCUCUGAACACCCUUCAGAUGCAAAUCAAGCAUCUACAAGUGCAGGUAGAUGAAACUACACGCCAGAAUGAUAGUCUGAAGGAAGAGGUGAUGGUGGCUGAGAGGCAGCAUGCCAUUCUGCAGUCAGAAGUGGAGGAAUUACGUGCUUUGCAGGAACAGACAGAACGUGGACGGAGGUUGGCUGAACAAGAGCUUCUAGAAGCCACUGAAAAACUGAACAUGCUACACACUCAAAACACAAGCCUGCUCUCUCUGAAGAAAAAAUGGGAGACUGAUAUUGCCUGUAUGAAAAAAGAAUUAGAAAAUGCAACAGAAGAACGUCGUAGUGCUGAAGAAAAAGCUAAGAAGUCAAGCACUGAUGCAGCAUUGUUGACAGAGAGUUUGAAGAAGGAACAGUACACUUGUUCUCACUUGGAAAGGAUAAGAAACAACAUGGAACAGACUAUUGUAGACUUACAGAAAAGGCUAGAAGAUGCUGAGCAGAGUACCCUGAAGGGGGGCAGUAAGCAGAUCCAAAAACUGGAAUCCAGGAUCCGUGAACUAGAAUGUAAACUAGAAAGUGAAGUACGAAGGAGUUCUGAGGCCCAGAAUGGAGCCCGAAAAUUUGAGACGUCCAUCAAGGAAUUGACUUUUCAGGCAGAGGAAGACAAGAAAAACCUAAAUAGGAUGCAGAACUUGAUAGAUAAAUUGCAGCUAAAAGUAAAAAGUUACAAACACCAAGUAGAGGCAGUGGAGGCACAAGCCAAUCAAUAUCUGUACCAGUUUAAGACUCAGCAGCGUGAGCUGGAUGAUGCAAAGGAAAGAGCGCAGAUGGCUGAAUCACAAGCCAACAAACUCAGGGCAAAAGCAAGAGAGAUUGGGAAAAAGAGUAGUGGCUACAUCUUCUAUGAUUCUGACCAUGACUCCUUGGUACCUGAAUUCUUUCUGGAAGCUUGCAAUGCAGAAAUCAUUAAUGCUGAUGUGGGCUUACAAGAGAUGGUAGUUACUCACCUAGUGGAGCAUCCCAUAGUGGAAAUAUUUGUCUGA